UGCGACACCACGAAAAAGUAAUCAGCUUCCGACACAGCCGUCAUACAACUUUCAGAUGUCAUCCAAGGACCGACUACGUUUUCUGUGGUAGCUUCCGUAAUAUCUAUUACGUUGCCUUCGGGCCCCGCAGACACGCAGUUGACCCCUCCGCUAACCAAGCAAGAGACCCACCCAAGCGCCAUCAUACCCUCGCAAGGGCCGAGUGCAGCGGACUUUACAGACAACCACGGAAUCCGACCUUCAUUGCAGAGCGUUCGGUACAACAUAUACGCUGUUGGUUCGCUAAACCCUAAGCUAGUGCCAGAUUAAAAUAUUCAACGAUAAAGGAUACUAUUGUGGUUGGUGUCACACUAGGCCUAAAGGUCUGGACAGUCUGACAACGCUUUCAAAUAUGUCAACAGCAGGAUGGGAUCCAGGCGCUGUAGGAACAGCCGUAAUUGGAAUCGUGACAUUUGCAUUCAUGGCCAAAACAGCCAUCGCUUUAGGGUAUCGAUAUGCAUCGGACUACGUAUACAAAAUAAGGUUUCCGGAAUCGACAUCUGUCCUUCAGCGAUCCCUCAACGACGCUGAUAUCUCUCAAGCCGAAUAUCUACACAGAAACAUUCCUCCACCAGGUUCGCUGCCAACGGACAGAGGACCGUUUAGUCACUACGCAUGUGGCAACUGCUGGAAAUCCUUCCCCUAUAUUUUCAAUGUUCUCGAAAUGCCGGUUCCCAGACGAUUGCCGAAGAAUCUGUCUCAAUUAUCACUGAAGAAGGAUUAUUUCCUUACGGACGCUCAGACGAUAUUUAUUUGUUUACUCAGUGUUGGGGUCGAGCCUCUCCAUUUCAGUGAAGACAAUGGAAGUGGUGGACAGACAUGCAGGUGGGAUUCGAGGAUAUGUGCUACAUUUCGGCGACAGAAAAAUGUCUGUUUAGCGCACAUCCAAUUCUUUCAAUUCAACCCGUAUCAUUCCUAUUACCGGCGAAAUAUUGACGAAUAUCGACGCAUUAUCGUUCACGGUUAUCCCCCCUGGUACCAAACGAAAGUUACGAAUACUGCAAAUGUGACGUUCGAGUUUCCGAGCCUUGAGAAAGGUAAUCUCAAACGCGCUGGCUGGAUAGUUGCUAUUGGUCUCGGAGAUCUUAACGAUCCGCUGCCCUACUUCUCAACUAAACUUGGCCGAUUUGAUGAAUACGGAGAUGCUUUGUACAGACAUCACCGUGGCGGCACUGGAGCAUACUACAGCGCUUUUACAUAUCUAGAAGAGGUCAUUAGAGAGCGAUUCACUCUCGACGCGUUCCCUGAUCUCGAAGACCAGAGUAUCAUUACAACGGCGCGGAAUGAAAUUGAAGACAUGAUAAGCCAUCACAGCGCGAGCAGCGCUGGAAAGUUUCUCCGCCAAUGCCCGCAAUUGGCAGGAGCCUAUGACGAUGGGGCUUUUGCCGAACAGCUCAAUAGCAGUGAAACGGCACUGGCAAUUGAACUCUUCAACCACAAAAGGCCGUUCGAUGCCAACCAAAUCAGCUUCGUGAACUCCAAAUUAAAGCCUAUUAUUGCAGGUGCAUUACGUGGACUGAAGAGCCUAUUCGAGUAUUUCAAUGAUUGCGGCAUUCAGAUUCCAGCAGGGGUUCAAAAGAUGAUAGACGAUAAUCCGCAGAUCUACCUGGAAGGAUGUCAAUCAUGAUUUCAAAGGUUACUAGAAUAUCUAUGAUUGGCAUAUGGCAGGGGAAAAUUUAGUCUUCCAUAGCGAAUUCACCAAGAGAAAAGUGUAACGGCGCGAGUAAGACUGUCGGAUCAGUACUGGUGGGAAGUGUCGCUCAGAGGCAUAUGGGAGUGCGUGAGACAUCAGAAACACCUAGUAUAUGAUGCUACGUGGAUUUGACCCUAAUCCAUCGUAAUUGAAUAAUUACACACCCUGAUCCAAAAACGCACGUAUGCAACGCGGAUUAGACCCGGAUUCUCGCCCAUUGUAGUCUAGCG